AUGUCAAAUUUACCUUCAACGGAGACUGGCGCGAGCCAAUUAGCUGCCAAAGUCAUUGAACAAGAACCUCGCAUCAUAAAAAGAGAGCCUCUAGAAAAUGCAGAAUCACACUGGGUUGGAUUAUAUAAGUUAACCUAUGUUGAUCCUCAUGGACAAGAAAGGUUCUGGGAAAGUGCUGAAAGGAAAACAAAAGGAUCCAAUGCACUAGAUGCUGUUGGAAUUGUCGCUGUAUUGACUUCAAAAGAGACUACAGAGCGUAAAACUAUUCUGUGCAUACAGUUUCGGCCUGCGACUGGAAAAAAAUGCGUUGAAUUCCCGGCAGGAUUACUCGAUAAAGGAGAAACUUUCGAGCAAGCAGCGCAUCGUGAACUUCUUGAGGAGACCGGAUACCACGGGAAAAUACUUUCUAGCUCUUAUAAUAUGUUCUCUAAUGCUGGAUUAACAAAUUCUGAUAUAAAAAUAGUUUUCAUAGAGGUGGAUCUCGACGACGAAAUCAAUAAAAAUCCAAAACCAUCGCUUGACGAAGGAGAAUUUAUCGCCGUUGUGAUAGUUCCAUUUCGAGAUCUCAAUAAAAUGUUACGAGAAUACGAGAAAGAAGGAUACGGGAUCGAUUCUCGACUUGCCUCGUUUGCAUUUGGAUUAGAGAUGACUACCUAUUUAACUUGA